AGCCGGAAGCUUGAUCAACCUUGGAAACUUGCAUUUUUUUCCCCCUAGAGCAAAGAAGCGGAAGAAAUAAAGGACCAUGUCGUUGGAAGAGAAAUAUAUAGCAGUUAUGGAGGAGGAGGAAGAGGAGAAGGAGGAAGAGGAAGACAUCCAGGAGGCAGCAGCCUUGGUUGUUAGCGGGGUGAUUAAAGAUGCCGUGGACAGAAUUAAAGCCCUGAAGAAGGAAGAGGCAGGCGCCAAAUACAAAAUACCAAAUAUUGCUUGGAUGAGGUGCAAGGAUUUCUCCAUCGGAAGAGGCCUGUUGCAGAUUGAGGACUAUAUGAAGACAUGGGAACUUUAUGAAAGUUGGCUACACUGGAGCAAUUAUCUCAACAACGAGGAACUCCGGUAUAGCACCAGGUAUUAUUACCGAGUCCGUUGGAGCAUCCCGACAUGCAGGAAGCCCAUCCCUCGAGCAACAGCGUGUGUCUAUUUUGCCAUUGAGAUUUCCAAAAUCAAGCCCAGAACGCUGCCAAUUGACGUGUUCUUUGUGGUGGAAACCAAUAAGCUCAUUCACAGGCCGGGAAAAACUCGCUUUAAGGAAAAGUGGCUCAAGGAUGUCAUUGAAAGUAAGAUCGUCAUGAUGGAGACUGUGGAUUUUUAGUUCUGCUGGAAUGGCUAGAAAUUAAAAUCUCUUUAAGACACCCCGUUUUUGUUUUUUGGGUAAUAAAAUCCACGGCUUGCUGUAAUCAGACCCUUGUUUUGAU